AAACCGACCGACAACGCGUCUCGUGUCAUCCGUGAGUGUUCGACAAUCCGGCAACCGACCUGGACGCAGAGGAUGACGACGGCAGCACGACUCGUGGGCUGGACCGUGGUGCUGCUGGGCAUCUGCGCCACGACUGCCGAUGGCCACUACCUCGACUCGUACUACUGCGGCCAGGACAACUGCUACGAGCUGCUGGGCGUGUCGCGCGAAAGCACCAAGCAGGAGAUCGCCAAAUCGUACCGCCAGCUCGCCCGGAAGUACCACCCGGACCUGCACCAUGGCGCGGAGCAGAAGCAGGCGGCCGAGGAAUCGUUCAAGCGGAUCGCGACCGCGUACGAGGUGCUGAAGGACGAGGAGUCGCGCAACGACUACAACUACCUACUGGACAAUCCGCAGGCGUACUACGCGCACUUCUACCGGUACUACCGCCGGAAGGCGAAGAUUGACGUGCGGCUGGUGAUCGUGGUGACGAUAAGCAUCAUCUCCGGCAUCCAGUACGUGACGCGCUGGCAGCGGUACGAUACCGCCAUCAAGUACUUCAUGUCGCUGCCCAAGUACCGGAACAAGGCGAUGGAGAUGAUCAACCAAUCGAACGGGGGAGGCGGCGGUGGCGCUGGCGGGAGUGGCAAGCAGGGCCGGGUCAAGCUGUCCAAGGCGGAGCAGCGCAAGGAGCACGACGAGCAGAUCCGGAAGGUGAUCGAGAACAACAUGGACAUCCAGGGUGCGUACGCGAAGCCGGAAAUCAAGGACAUCCUCUGGAUACAGCUUUUCCUGCUGCCGUACACGGUCGGCCGGUACCUCUGGUGGGCGGGCCGGUGGGUGUGGAAGUUUACGCUGCUGAAACAACCGUACGGGCGCGAGGAGCAGCUCUACCUGAUCCGCCGGUACAUGCGCCUCACCGCGGUCCAGUUCGACGCGAUCGAGCCGGAAACGGUGGAGCAGUUCCUGCGGCAGCAGCUCUGGAUCAAGUCCAACUACGACCGGUGGAAGGUGGAGCAGGAGAACGAGAAGAAGAAGCAGAUGGCAGACAAUCCCCGGUACAAGGCGUACCGCCGGUACAUGAAAAAUCACGGCCCGGGCCGGCUCACGUUCGAGGAGUGAAGAGGUGGCUGGAGGUUAACCGUUUUUUCUUCUUUUGGUUAAAUAGUUUCUACGCGUUUUUCCGUUCCGUUCAUUCGGCGGCUGCAAAGAAAACACAUCUGUAAUUAUUUAUUGACAAACCCCCCAGCCCCACCAAGCGAGGCGGGGGGAGCGAAGGCGUUUUCCGAAGCUGCUUGGAAGAAGAAGUGUGGAAUGUGCGGAGGUGUGUGUAUGUUUUUGCGUUGAAUAAAGCUCGACGACCCUCUCGCUACUCCUGGUCGCGAUUUCCA